AUGGCGCAUCUCCCGGGCGGGCCAUCCAUCAGAGGCAAGCUGUCAGCGGCAGCGCCUCGCAUCGCAUUAUUGGCCAUCCAGCACGCCGGCGCUCCCCCAGCCCUCAGCGACAGGACGGCCCACAUACAGCUGCAUCCGUUGCAGUCCUACACUGCCGUCCGUGGACCGCCCAGUGCCGGGGAAUCCAGGCCAGAGAGCAGCAGCAAAAAGCAAAAAGGGACCUGCGCAGCUGCGAUGCCUCGUCGUCGAGGGCGACCAGAAGGGGAGAGCACGGAGGUACUCCCUUCACGAACACACUUCGAAGGGGGCACGACGAAGAUCUUCGUUCGCACCGUGACGACUCCACUCUCCAACAAGAUUUCAUGGGUUUCAUCAUUCCAUGGCCCUCGCCCGCCCAGCGUCAGGCCGAAAAGGGGCCCAGAUCCGCGCGGGCUGGAACCUCUGCCCUUCGCCGCCUUCCAUUCUUCCACAAGAUCACCACGCCUCACCACGAGUCGUGCUGGCUCCGGCCUCUAUCUAGGCUCUGGCUGA